AUGAGUACACUGCAUUCUCGGGGCUAUAGCAUUGGUUCUUUCCAUGAGGAGGACUUGAGGAGAAGCUCAGAAAAUUACUUCAAGGACUUGAGUGGAAGUGGAAGUGAAGAGGAUCAAUUGGGUAACAAAGAGUUGGGGCCAGCUUCUUUGAGAUCAGAUGUGAAACCUGCAAGCCUCGCUAAAGCUUCAUUAAGGGGAAGAUCAGUUAGAACAAUCAGACCAAGUAGACUGACCACUGAUGACAAGGUUGAAAAGAUGUGUGAUAAUGGUGGAGCUAUAUCUAUGAGGAAAGAUAUAAUUCAAAAUGGAGGAACCGACAAGAAGUUUUUUGACAAUGUAACUGGUAAGCUUGAUCUUGGCAAUUCCUUGCACAUGCCGAAGCCAACAAUUCCCAAGUAUCAGAAGAAAGAGAUGCAAGAAUUUCAUGGCAAUGUUGUUGCCGAAGAGUCUGAAGACGACUCAGAAAGUGAGGCCGAAAACUUUCUAGUAAGUUCAGAAGAUGAAGAUGCUGAUCCUCCUGCUGCUGCUGCUGCUACAUGUAACUCUGUCAAUGUUGCAGGACCAGACUCUGAGGUUGAUAAGAAGGCCGGUGAGUUUAUAGCCAAAUUUCGAGAGCAGAUAAGGCUUCAAAAAGUGGCAUCACUUGACAGAUCAAGAGGGCUAGGCACCAGUGGUAAUUGCUUUAGAGAUCAAAAGAUCAGCGAUAGCCACAUUCAAGGCUCUAUAAAACAGAGUUCUCCAAAGAAGAAGAAACAGGCAACAAGUUCAAAAGUUCAAAGUAAAGAAUACUAUCAUAUGGCGACACAAGCAGAACAUGCGACAAAUGGAAUCAAAAGAAGUUUUGGGUGCUCAAGAGCGAAGAAAGGAAUCUCAUCCAAUGCCAUUGUGUAUAAUACUUUAACAGGUGUUUUUUGUAUUUCCAACCAAGUUGAAGAAGCUGAAGGUCUCUUUGCUGAGAUGAAAUCAAAAGGCACAGCUGCCUGCCACCUUCAAUACUCUAAUGGGUGCACCCAGCAGAAAGUUGCAGCCUAA